AUGGCAAAAGCAACAAUCAGCGAUACCUCCGCCCCGAGCGCCGCAAACACAAACCCGCAAGACGCCAGCUCCAGCAACUCUGGAACCAACCUCGGGCAGGGACAGCCGCGCCACAAAAGCGGCAGACACUACCCCGUCCGCUGGGACCGCUACGAUGUCGACGAAGAAGCCGUGCGGAAAAACCCGGCUCUGGACGGCAUCGAGUUCAUCAUGGUCAAGCAGCCGCAGGACAUCCGCGUCACCUGGAAGGACCUGCGCGCGAUACGUGCCGGCCGGAGGAAAACCUGGGAACUGAGGAAAGGGGAGGUCGAUCACUGGGUCUGGGACGGCGCGAAGCGGCAGUGGCAGUACAGCCGUUGGGGCAAGCGCGUUGACUCGGGCCUGAAUCCGGGGUAUCUUGAUCUGCAGGGUCAUGCGUGA